AUCUAGAAUAAGGAAUGACUUUAAGUUUAGGGUUUUCUUUAGGGCCGAUUAAAGGAAAAAUAUAAAGCAAGUUGCUUCCAUUAAACAAAGAACAAAAAAAAGAGCGUUGCUUUCAAACAAAUUACAGGUUAUUGUCAGAUUCUCUUGUCCAACAAAGUGUGAAAGAUUCAUGAUAGAUCCUAGUGGCGAGAUUUCGCUGAUUGUGUAGUGCAAGACAUCAACUCUAUUAGAAUUUUGAAGAAUGAAGGUGAGGUUCAUCUAUGCUGUUGUAAAUAAGGGUAAUGGGGUUGGUGUUGAUGGUAAUAAUAAUGAGAGGCCACUUGAAGUUGACAGGGGCAAUGUCACAAUAGAAAGGCAAGGUCUCCAUAAGGACAAUUUUAACAAUUCACAUAAAGAGUUUAAUUCAAAAUAUGAAUCUUUGAGUGAUGAAGAUUUAGGCAGUCCAACUGGCACUAAUGAUGAGGAAUAUUUGACACAUUUACAUACAACAAGAGCUUUGAGGAAGAAAAGGAGGGCUAGAUCUGGAGUUGAAGAAGGUUUAACCUUUAAUACUCAAGCUGGAACAACUCCAGCAUCUAAGCAACCUUCUAUUGACGAAGCAACUACAGCAACUAAGCAACUUAAUGUGGAUGUAGCAAUUGAGCCAGUGUCAAAGAAAAAAGGCAGGCCAAGGAAUAUACCAUUAGAGCAACUAUCUACUAAGGGGAGAGCAAAGUAUAAGAAAACACUUGCUGUAAUUAGAAGAUACAAGACACUAAACAUUAAGCCUAGAAUUGGUGGUCCUUUUGUGUUUCAGGGUAUGUAUGUUUGCUUGAAAGUGUUGACAGAUGGGUGGAAGAAUGGUUCCAAACCAUUAAUUGGGGUUGAUGGGUGCUUUUUGAAGGGUGUUUGUAAAGGGAUAUUGUUAGCAACUAUUGGAAGAGAUGAAAACGAGCAGAUGUAUCCCAUGGCCUGGGCUGUGGUUGAUUUCAUUAAGAAUCUUGCUCUUGGAAUCACAGGUAAAUGGUCAAUGGAGCUUGAAAAGGCCGAAUUUUCCCUUGGGAAUGUCAUAAAUGUUGUUGUUAGUCAAGUGAUGCUCUUGCUAAGGGAAAGAAAUCUACAAUUGAUUUGGGAUAUUCCAGAGGAGAUCAAAACUCUGGCUGUUUAUGGUUGGGUAGCGAUUCAUGUUCAUCCAUCUAUGAAGCAAAUAUCCGAUGGACUAACUAUCGUGCAUACAGAAUUCAAGAUGGUUUGUCCUGGUGAAGGCCUUCCCCCUGAAUUAGUUGGAGACAUGUGCCAUAGCAGUAGAUGGAUAACUCAGGAGGGCCUACGACUUAGCAUGUGCAGAAAAAUCUUAAAGCUUAUGAAUGGUGAGGUCCAAUACAUCAGAGAGUCAGAACGAUGUUAUUUCUUGAUUAUCCUUGAACUUCCCAUACCACCGAGACAGUCAGAGAGUGUUGACUAGUUUUCUGCCCUUGAUAUACCCCAGACCCUAGAUCUUCAUUCAUCAAACUUAAAAUGAGCUAUCUUUUCUAUCACAUACCAUGGGUGCUUUAUUACUUCCUACUUUCAUAACUUGACCUAAAACCCACCUCCUUCUAUCAAUGACCUUCAACACAAUCAUGAAUUUUGGAUAGAACUGGAAGGUAACUGUAAAAUCUCAUAUUGAACUGCAAUUCUGAGUUGCGUUCCAAGGUGAACAACUGUUGCAAGCUUGCAGUUAUGAACCUCAACACAUGAUUGGACAGAACUGUUGUCUCCAACCUGUGAACAUGUAUGUUAAAUCUAGUUUAUGUAUAAUAUCUUCUCGAAGCUACGCAGAGAUAAUUGUAACACACUCACUUAUACAUAUAUAUAUCUUCUGUAAUAAAAUCAGUUCUCUUUA